AUGGUCUUGACCUUAAGUCCUAAAUUAUACAUUGACCUUUACACACUGAUAGUGGGAGACUUCAAUACUCAACUCUUGCCAAUGGACAGGACAUCUAGGCAAAGUAAAAUAAACAUUCCGCCCAAACACAAACGAGUUAGUGGGGCCCUGCGUCCACUCCACCACAGGGCUCAGACCGCUUGGGGAGACAGGUUAUGGAAAGUUGACCAGUACACAGCCAGAACUGACUCGGGGGUCCCUGAGCCUGUAAGGGCGCAGGUGAUGGGUUCUCAUGCUCUUAGGCAUCCAGAUACCUCUGUGGUGCUGCGCUGCAGAAAAGCUGAGAACAGAGUGGGGGCCCAAGAGGGGGGCUGGGCGAGAAGUCGGGCUCAAAUUAGCUCCUUCUUCCGUCCCCGCCAAAUUCCAAACAACCUGGCAACGCUCAUGAAAAGACAGAAUAGGGGCAAACGAGACAGAAUCAGACAGGCGCCAUGCUUACCUCCCAGUGGGUGGUCGGGGGUGGUCCCUGGAGACACAGAAUACAAAGGGCUGCAGCUCUCUCUGGACCAGAUAUCAGCCUCUAAGCCCACUUUCUCCUUUACCAGCAGUUCCACACCCACCAUCACUGACAACAGGAAGGGGGCCAAGUCAAGGCUCUCCAGUAGCAAGUCAAAAUCCAGGACCUCCCCAUAUCCCCAGUAUUCGGGAUUCCACACUGAAAGAUCAGAAUCUGACCAUGACAGCCAGUGGGGCGGAAGUCCUCUGACUGAUACCGCCUCCCCACAGCUCCUGGACCCAGAGAGGCCUGGCUCUCAGCACGAGUUGUCCUGUGCAUACAGACAGUUUCCAGAUCGCGGUUCUCUCUGCUAUGGCUUUGCGCUGGACCAUUCCAGGCUGGUGGAGGACAGGCACUUCCACACCCAAGCCUGCGAGGGAGGGCGGUGUGAGGCUGGCAGGUACUUUCUCGGAGCACCUCCUGCUGGGAGAGAUCCCUGGUGGGGUUCUCGAGCAACUUUGCCGCUCACCAAGGCCUCCCCGGAGAGCAGAGAAACCUAUGAGAACAGCAUGCCGCACAUCACCUCUGUCCACAGACUCCACGGUCGAGGUCACUGGGAUGAAGAUAGUGUGGUCAGCUCUCCAGACCCUGGGUCAGCCAGUGAAUCCGGUGACCGAUACCGCUCCGAACAGUAUCAAAAUAGCCCACACGAACCUAGCAAAAUUGAAACUCUCAUAAGAGCCACCCAGCAGAUGAUUAAAGAGGAGGAGAACAGAUUACAGCUAAGGAAAGCCCCUCCCGACCAACUGGCUUCCAUUAACGGGGCUGGGAAGAAACACUCCCUCUGUUUUGCAAACUAUCAACAGCCCCCACCGGCAGGUGAAGUCUGCCACAGCUCUGCCCUUACCAGCACUUCACCAUGUGACCACAUCCAGCAGAGAGAGGGAAAGAUGCUUAGCCCUCACGAAAACGACUAUGACAACAGUCCCACUGCACUGUCUCGGAUAAGUAGUCCCAGUUCUGAUCGCAUUACAAAGUCCAGUUUAAUCCUGGCUAAAGACUAUCUACAUUCAGAGAUGUCUCCUCAUCAGACAGCAGGAGACCAUCCUGCCAUCUCGCCAAACUGCUUUGGCCCCCACCGGCAGUAUUUUGAUAAGCAUGCCUAUACGUUAACUGGUUAUGCCCUGGAACAUUUAUACGACAGUGAGACUAUUAGGAACUAUUCCUUGGGCUGCAAUGGCUCACACUUUGAUGUAACCUCCCAUCUAAGGAUGCAGCCGGACCCAGCGCAAGGACACAAGGGAACAUCUGUUAUAAUAACCAAUGGAAGUUGAUGUUUUUCUAAAAUAUUUUGUUCUUCAAGAGUCUCUGAAACAUAUUUAUAGUCUAAUACCCCAUUAGCAACAUUUACUAUGCCACAGAUUGUUAGAAAGUCUAAGUUAAAUUUUAGGGUUAACUUGAUAUGAGUCCCUGUGAAAUCAAAGAAAACAGAGCACCAACAUUCAAGGUUAUACACAGGUAAAUGAGCCAAAAUGAAUACAGAAAUUGCCCACAUAUUAUAGAGGAGCUGUAACCAACAUGAUUGAACUGAGAAAUACUAAAGCAAAUUGAGCAUAUAUACCACAUGGAAGGGCUGAGGACUAAAAUCAUUGUGUUGUGACAAUCUAGUAGAACUUAUACAUACAGAUCAUACGCUGUUCACAAUCUUCUAUGUACGUGUCUCAUGCAUAAGUAUUAUAAAUGACUACUCUUCCUUAUCUACCACAAAGAAAUGUCAGUUCCCAAAAUAACUAAGGAAGAAUUAGAUGUAUCUUGUAACACAAUUUCUUCUUUGUCAUUUCAAACUAGUCCACUCAUUUGGUUCAGGCAUAGAUUAGAGAAAUGGUUCUGGCUCUGGUACACGAAUGUGUUCUUACCUGGUAUCCAUUACAAACGGUCAGGAAAGAGGUGGUUUUCCACUUGCUUUUGAGUUAGACGUAGAGCAGGAUUGCAUUGGCACAACGGUAAGGAAUUUUCUGAGUCACACCACUGAUCUGUUGGGAGAUACAUAAAAAAAUAUGGUCUACUUAAUUUUAAGUGGCUCAGUGAAGAAAAGGGCAGAGCAGAGUAGAGAGAGAUACUGAAUCUCCAAGCAAUGUUUAAGGGGGAGGUAAACAACAUUUUGGAGGCUAAUGUACAAAAGGCACUAAAUAAGAAAUUUAAAUCAGUUCACCCAGACCAAGGUGCUGGCAAGUACAAACGGAACCAGAGAUGUGUAAAGCACUAGGUGGCACCAGGAUAAGCAUUUAAGAACAUUUCAGAGCACAAUGUGUCAGUACGUGGAAAGCCUUAGAGUCAGGAGAGGUAAAAACUUAGGCAGAAGGACAAGUUGUUCAAAGGGUGCUUGGGGAAGCCACAGAGAAAAUGCUGACUUUCUUUGCUGCUUGUAAACUAAGAAAGCAACACACUUGUCCGUAUGUCCGUGUGGCGCAGUAGAAAGUGAAGUGAACUGUAUGCCAAGGUCUCCAUGCUGAGCUUGCUUUCACUUAAUUUGGGGCUCAUAGAUGCAUCGUUUACAGUCUGUGCUUCUUGGUUAUCUGGUCUGAAAGGCAGCUCUUGUCCAUGGUUCUGCGAUUCAUUGGUAUGCUGAAAGUAAACUUGUAAGCCGUUAAAACUCUGCUGUAAAUUUUCAAGACUGAUGGUUCUGGAUUUUCCAUUCCCAAGCAGAAGUCUAGAUACUUUGUUAUUUAAGCAAAGUGUGGGCUCUUUCAGGCAGGAAGAGUUACAGGCAACUUUCUCUUAGAUGCAGCCAAAUAUAGGUGCUAGAAAUUUAUGAGAGGGAAGAAAAAUAGCAAAAUUUAUUUAAUGCACUAUUCUCUAGUAUUCAAAGAAAAAUGUCAUGUGUGGUUAGGAAAGUUUCAUAGAUAAUAUUUUUUAGAAUUGCCAUGCCUGUUAUUCUUGCCAUGUUUAAGGAGGAGCAUGGACUUUGAUAAUUAUUGAAACAUUACAUGGCAUUGGACACUCAGGGAUUAGUCCUGUAUUUUCAUCACACGACAUGAUCAUUUGGUGACAGUCUUCAUGACAGUAAGUUGAGAGUUGAAUAAUGGGUUGUUUGUACACGGGAGAAUAGGCUACAUAGAAUUAAACACUACUUCUUGGGUAUAACAGAACAAUAUUGUCAAUAAAAAUGAGGAAACAUGCAAAUUAGUGAAAAGUAAUUAGUUUAUGUAUUUAAAUAUUCUUUCAAAAAUAUUCAAAGGAAAAUAAAAAUUAAAUUCUAACUCCAUAAGAAAAAUAUUCGGUAAUUUUGAGAAAAUUGGGUCAAAGAAACUCACAGGACAGGUGGUUUGAAUAAAACUUCAACAUGAGGGAGGUUUUCAGGAUGGUGAAGGUUUUACAGAAUUCUAUAGAUCAGACAAAUAUCUGAUGAAUAUGUAUUUUGGGCAGAAAGUCUCUACAAGUAGGUUCCAUUGCCAGGUAGGUAUGCCUUAGUGCGUCAGAGGUAACUUCUGAGAGAUGCUUUUCACUAAAUGAAUUUUAGCAGAGUUUUUAAUGUAGAGAAUAACUCAUAUAAGAAUAAAUUGUGACCUCCACAGAGAAAGCCUAACAAGGAGGAACAAUGCUUCCCAGAAUGCCAUAAUUAAUCCUUUUAAAGGAAGACAGGAUUCAUUUACAUCACAUUUUGAUUAAUAAUCUUAGUAGACUGGCCCAUUUAAAAGACAUUAACCAUUAAACAAAUGCCAAUUUUGCAGUGGCAAUUUUAUAAUGUUGCAUAUAAUGCCUCAUAGGCUUACUAUAUAUAUAGCUUACAUUGUUUUACAGAAUGGCAUGAUUAUUAUAAAUGACCCAAAAUUAAUUGAUCUUUACAACUAGGUGACUUCUUACUGUUCGUGUAGGUGUAUAAAAUGAAUUUGUAACCGACAUUAUUUUGUUCUGUACAGGAACGUAUUUGCUCAUAAAGAAUGUGCCAUCUGUUUUAAAAAAUAUGGGGUAUAAAAUAAAUACAUUCCCAGUAACUCGAUCAAUUAAUGUUAAGCUUAAAUUUGCUUCCUCUUUAAUCCUUGAUUUUCCUAUCUUUACUAAAAGGUGGAAAGUCUGAGAAGCAUGUUUCCUUCUACCACUUUGGGGAUUCAUAAAAAUACGUGACAUCCAAUUAUACAAGAAUAACGCACACACAGUUCCUUACUCUCUACAAAGCCCAUUCUAUCUGGAAAUAAUAUCUCUGAUGCCCAUUUGCUUGUUUUACCAAGAUAAAAUUUAAAACUGUGGAUGACCAAUGAAAUACGUAUUCCCCAAAUUUUCCUUGGGAAAAUUCUGUUAAAGUUAUUUCUGAGAACAUACAGAUGAUGUAUUCUUUUUUGAUAUAAUUUUAAGGUUAGAAACACUAUAGGCCAGACAUUUAUGUGUGCUUCAGCCCCACAAAUCUUUUGACAUCACAUGCAAAAUCUAAUGUGGUAGCUUUUUAAAAACUGUACUUGCCUGUACAUGACACUACGACAGAACUGAUAGACAUGCAAAACCAGACAGGAUGUACUUGACGAUUCCUUCAGUGUUUAUACAGUAAACCACUUAUUAUUUCCUGGUUAUAGUUUAUAGGGCUAGAGUAUUCCCAGCAAGAACUGUUCUUAAUGCUGUCUGUACCCUGCUGCCACUUACUGCCUUUGGGCAGAGAAUCCAACUUAAAGUAAGCUUUAAUGAGAUCUCCUAAAAAGGACACUAUGUUCCAUUUCCCUUUCUCUUAUUUUAAAGGAAGUUUAAUUUUAAUACAAGAGUAUUUGGAAAAUAUGAAUAUGCAUCUUAAGAUAAAAUGAGAUAAUUUCCCUCCACCCAAUGUCUAGAUAAUGUACCUGGUGGCAGAGCUAGCAACACUCUGAAUACAGACUUGCUGUGUUACAGCUCUAUCUCUUGCUCUGUGUUUCUCUGUCCGUUUCUCUCUCCCCAAACCUGCCAAUGACCAAGCUGCUUGCAUGAAUAUUAGUACUCGCAGUAUUGGGAGUGACAGAGUGAGAACUGAGCACUUGACUGGGAAUCAUUCACCUUACUACUGUGAUAUAGUAACCCUUGUUAAAAAUUUUGAAUGUCUGGAUUUUGGGUUCUUAGUUCAUUCAAAUGAUAGACAGACAUCCAAUUUUCUGAAUGAUUUAAAAAAGAAAGGAAAUCCUCCAAAGAUAUAGUUGAGAAUUCAUAUAAAUGCUAUAAAUGCCAGGUUGUUGUUUUUUUUUUUUGUCGUGUGUUGGUUUUUUUGUUUUUGUUUUGUUUUGUUUUGUUUUUUUUUGUGUGUGUGAAUAAGGAUUUCACUGUAGGUAAAAAUCUGUUGGCUAGCUCUUACUGUGAAAAUACAUGGUGGGUAAGACAUUCUAAAUUUUUGGUGGGUGUCAGGACAGCUGCGGAUACAUGCAAGUGUAUCACAAAUAGAAAAUAAUUCUUGGGGGAAAGUUUUGUGUGGUACUUAUAUCUUGUGCACAAAGGUUGUACGGGUAGUGCUUAAAUUCAAAAGGUAAGAUGACACUCAAGUCCAUAUAGACAUUUGUUCCAAACUCCUUCUCUAAAACUGUGCAGAAAGUGCACACACACACACACACACACACACACACACACGCACACACACACACUAUGACUUCUAUCUUACUUUGAGGAUUUAAAAAUGUGCUGUAUGCAAUGUGAAUGUAUGAUGUUUCACACAAGAAACUCUAAUUGAUAAUUUUAAUCUAAGCAUUGUAGUUUUAUGUACUGGGAUUUGCUGUGUGAACUUGCCUUCAUAACCUAGGUAAGAGGACUAUGUCCUAAUCUGCUAAUCUUAGACAUAUCUAGUCAAUUUCUACCCAAUAAUUGUGAUGUGUUUACAUUUCAAAAGAAAUGAAAUUGGCAUGGACAAAUUUUUUUUACAGUAAUUGUAACUUCUUUUCAAAGGAACAGAUUUCAGAAAGAAAGAAACCAGAGGCACUUCAAGAAAGAUAAAAUAUUUUAUGCUUGUUUUUUGACUGACAUGAUAUAAAAAGGAUUAUAUUUGUGAGAGAAGAUACUGGUUCGAAAUACCCUCUUGCAAUGUAUAGUUUUUAGGGAUAUUGUAGUAUAAACUUGUAAUCUGAACUUUUACUUUGGAAUGUAAGUAGGAAAUAAUAGCUAUGUCAAUGAUAUCUUGCAAAGUGUCCCCAUUUAUAAUUAUUUAUAUUGUAAAUAGCUUUCUGAAGUAAAAUUGAAGUUAAUGUGCAUAAAAUGUAUUUAUUAUGUGAGGAAUUUUUGGUUUAAAAUAUAGUUACCAAUAUGC